CCUGAAGCGAUCAAUCUGACCAGAAUUUUCAAUACAAACAGAUGCACUCUUGACUUUUCCAAAUCAAAAUUCAAAUGCAAAUCAGUUUUUGCAAACCUGACAACUACUACAUCAUUGCUUUUCAAAUCAAAAGGGCGAGGGCAAUGAUGCGAGUGAAGCGUUCGACGAGUAUUCUGUCCCCACGGUUUUAAGUCCCCAAAGAGAAGAAUAAUAGCAAGUCUAGGAAUUCUGGGAAAGUUGAAGAAGAAUAGAGAAUCAAAUCAGAAUGGAAGGGUUUAGCCCUGAGAGAAGGAUUAAGCAUUACAGCAGCUAUCAGAAGAUACUCUUAGUGGGAGAAGGUGACUUCUCUUUUUCUGUUUGCUUAGCCAGAGCUUUUGGCUUGGCUGUCAACAUGGUUGCGACUUCUCUUGACUCCAGAGAGUCUUUGAUGCUAAAGUAUUCAGAAGCUAUAAGCAAUGUGGAGGAAUUAGAGGACAGGGGAUGCAUAGUGUUGCAUAAGGUAGAUGUCAACAGAAUGAGCCAACACCCUUUGUUGAUUAGCGUACGCUUUGAUCGCAUAAUCUAUAAUUUUCCUCACGCGGGUUACGUGCACGGUCCCUUUUCUUCUGAACGGUACCAAAUUUGGUUUCAUCAGGAUUUGGUGAGGCGAUUCUUCAAGAAUGCACACGAAAUGCUGACCGUGGUAGGAGAGAUUCAUGUAACACACAAGACAACAUUUCCUUUCACUGAAUGGAAAAUAGUGGAGUUAGCACAAGAGGUUGGGUUACGUCUGGUUGAUGAAGAACAGUUCUCACUGUGGGAUUAUCCAGGUUAUGAAAAUAGAAGAGGAGUUGGGAUGUGUGAUGACACUUUUCCUGUUGGAAUGUCAAGCACCUUCAUAUUUGCCAAGCGCUCUGCUGCCAGUUUCUACCCCGGUGCUUUGUGCAUUAGUUUAUGGUCAGCUGACAUAGUAGAUAUGGCUUGCACUUAUUUAGAGAGCUUGGAGAGGAAGAAGCCAAAGCAUGGCCACAAGAAUUUGAGAUCUCCAUCUCGACCCAGAAAAAAGAACAAGAAAUUGAGAUCUCCAUAUCAUUAUUAAUGCAUGUACGAGGGAAAUGACAAAUGUAGAAUAACUCA